AUGAAUAAGUGUGAAUUGUACGGCGUAAUUUAAGUUUUGUUAUUUUAUAGUAAAUUGUUCGCACCAUAACUGAAUGCAAUUACAUAUACAUAUCAUUAAAUGAUUUAUGUAUACGUCAAUUGCAAUUAAAUAACUAAACGUGAUUAGAAAAAUUAAUUCUGAUUAAGAGCAAAGAGGUAUACGAUAAAUUGUCAGAACACGUUCUCUUUGUUGUAUUUCAAUUUCAAUUCAGACAAAUUGGCUGAUAACGGAAGAUGAAGAAAGACAUGUGUUGCAUGAAUAAUACUUUUGUAGCAUAGACGUGUUUUUUUUCUUUAUUAUAUGAUAGAAAAAAAAUUCGCAACGUGAACGAGAAAAAAGAUCUCGACAUGCAUAGGCGGUACAACGACCAAAGUUAGUUCGAAGUUGUUGCGCGUUCGGAGAUGGCUCGUUCGCAAUUCGUCGCAACGAGGUAGACUUCCGGGACCUUACUGCUCGAAUGGCCGACGCCAAGGUUGUCCUUCUCCUGUCAAAUGAACUUAAUUCCGAGUCAAUCGAAAUCAUGUAAACGCUCGCUGAUAAUUUGGGUGAAUCGUUGAAACGCGAGUAGAUCGAUGCGUGGAUCGUGGAGUCGGGGUGUGUCUCCGUGGUUUUAAUCAACAAUAACGCAAGAAGAGAGACACCGGUGUCUCUUCUCGGAUUGUCGGAUCCACCAAGAGGGUAAUCCUGUUCUUUGCCGGGGGUGCGAAUAACUAGAGCGGCCAACUAGAGCCGUUUCGACACCGAUUCGGGAACCGAGUCGCAAACGAAUUCGCUUGAGAAUGCAAUUCAGAUGAUCCGAUGAUAUAUUCCGACUUGACAGCCGAAAUCGACAUUAUGAAUUCGAGUUAGUGUGCUUUUAGCGAUGUCGUGUGACGAACUAUUAUAUGCGCGAAGCUUGCUUUGCUUUUUCAAUAUCUGUCCGCUGAAUACUCUGCUCGCAAUUCAAGUGUGAAUCGUAUUUGAUAAAUCGAAACGGGGGUUGACGCUCGAUUAAUUAAGAAAUCCCGUUGCACGUGAAAAUUCUUGUCACACACUGCGUCUGUUUGUAUAGAACUUGUUACUGGGAAUGGUAUUCCCUAGCUAUUGAAAAUAAAAGUUGAAUCACAAUCUAGGAGUACAGUGUGCAAAGCGUAUUUCAUUUUUAUUUUCAUGUCGUAAAUAAAGUGCAAAUAUCGUGAAUGCAAUAUCGUGCAGUUAGUUUUGUCUUUAAAUUUAUGUAGUUGCGUUAAGUAACAGUAAUUGUAACAUAUCUGUGCUUUAUUUUUUAGCCCUGCCAAUAUAACUGUUGAAGGAAAAUAAUACGUGUAUUUAUACGUACAAUCUUUAUACAAAGAUGUCAAAUUAAAUAAUAUUUAACCUUAAGCGUUAUGCAUUGUUAUGUUACAAUAAUAUUAUAUACUAUGUUGCAGACAUAGUUAUGGAGGAUAGCAUGAGUGUUAAAUCAAUGGAAUCAGUGGCAACAAGUGACGAAUAUGAAUUUGUAAAUGACAGGGGUAAUGGGAAACAUCAACAAACAUUAAUCAGUGAAUUACCAAUGUUAAAAAUUGCGAAUAACGGCAAUUUUGAAGACCUUCAGAAUAAUCUUCGCGAGGUAUUGACAGAAGAUUCAAAGAUGGAAAGUAAUGAUUACAAAAUUGUAAGCAGUACCCAACAAAAUCAAUCAAAAUCUAAAAAAGUUGGACAAAGUAAAUUUUAUGAUGUAACUUCUUGCGUGGUUGCAUCUGAGAAACAAGACAUUAUGAAACCAGAAGAUUAUAUUGAUGAAGAAAUAAAUUCCUUGGCUCAUGUUCAACAAGAAUGUACCAUUUUCAAUGGUGUUACUUAUCUGGGAUCUGCAGCAAUAAAUGCACCUAAAUCAGAAUGUGAAAUACAGCGUAAUAUGAAUAUAUUAAAUGCAGAACAAUCCCUUAAUUUGGGAAUUAAAGUAUCUGUUUCUGUUCCAAGUAGUUCUCAAGGUUCUGUUGUUUUAUAUGAUGCUGCUACUCAACAACCAAUUGCACAUUAUGAAGUACAACGAAUUUUGUUCUAUGCACGUGGCGAAAGUGUUGGUCCAUGUGCAGCGUGUUUUGCUUUUACAUGGUCACAUGGGGAUACAUUGGAAUCUGCCAUUUAUCAGUGUCAUGUUUUUCGAUGUGAUAUACCAGAAGCAGUAGGGCAAGUUUCAGCUUGUUUCUCCAAAGCCUUCCAUAGAAUACCACGAUCGAUGACUAGCUCUCUAACAGGAAGUGAUUUCAAUGGUUUCAAUAUUGGAAGUGAAAAAACCAAUUCUCGAGUAUUUAUUUUCGAAGUAACAAUGGAAAUAAAAGAAGAAGAUGGAAAAGGAGGUUUCAGUAUAGUUCCUAAGGAUAGAAAUUGUUUCAAACUUCGAAGUAAUGUAGCUAAACAAGUGUGUUUAAGUAUUCAGCAAGUUUCCAGCAAAGAAGGUGGAAUUACUCUUGAGGUUGAAAGAUGCUUCGGAGUUCUUGUUAGUCCUGGACGCAAUGUUAAACACAGUGAUAUGCGUCUGCUUGAAAUGCAAGUCAAUGCUGGUCCGUUAAUUCAGGAUAAACAAUGUUACAAUAUAUGUGGGCACUGGGAUCCUGCAGAUCCAGCUUUAGAAACUCUUAAUAUUGAAACUCCAAGAGAAGGAAAAAUUUACAUGACAGUUGCUGUUGAUUUAGUGAUACGUGGUAUUCGAGAACCUGUUAGGUUCAUAAUAGAAACGUUAGUUAAAGUGUUCCCACAAAAUGAAAGAUUUUGGUACUUUAAUAAGCGAAAUCUUGUACAACAAUUUUAUCUUAAUUCGAAAGAAAUAAUAUCUGGAGACGGCACAGAAGUUCAUUAUGAAGUACAAAGCAUAGAAACUUCAGGAGAACUGGACAGAAACCGAUUAAAUCUUGCUCUUAAUUUAGCAUCGCUAAUUCGAUCUCCUUCUUUAACAAGUAUUGAUACGCUUACACCCAAGGAAGAAAUAGAUUCAGAUGGAGAUGAACCAAUGUUGAGUGGUACAGGUGAAGUAUCAAAAGAUUGUUCUGCAGACGAAUUAGCUAGUUGGGCAGAAGUGCUAGACAGUUGGCAAGUUAAUGAACAACGUCCAAAGCUUCUUAUAAAACUUACAAAACAAGGUAUUCCUGAAGCUUUACGCGGAGAAGUAUGGCAACGUUUAAGUAAUUGUGAUAAUUCACAAGAAAUGAUGGAUAAAUAUAGGACUUUAAUUACUAAAGAAAGCAGUUGCGAGAGUGUUAUUUUAAGAGAUAUUAAUAGAACAUUUCCUGCCCAUGACUUUUUCAAAGAAACAGGUGGUUUGGGACAAGAUUCUUUGUAUAGAAUAAGUAAAGCAUAUGCAGUAUAUGAUGAAGAAGUUGGAUAUUGCCAGGGACUUAGUUUUUUAGUUGCUAGUUUAUUGCUUCACAUGCCGGAGGAACAAGCUUUUUGUGUUUUGGUCAAGUUAAUGUAUGACUAUGGAUUAAGAGAUUUAUAUAAAGAUAGAUUUGACAAUCUUCAUAUGAGAUUUUAUCAACUUAACAGAUUAAUAGAGGAUCAGCUGCCAGAACUUUAUAAACAUUUCUGCGAUCGUGGUGUGGAAACACAUAUGUUCGCUGCACAAUGGUUUCUGACUCUAUUUACAGCCAGAUUUCCACUUUAUCUUGUUUUCCAUAUUUUAGAUGUAUUCCUUUUACAAGGACUUGAUACACUAUUUCAAGUUGCUCUCGCAUUAUUAAUGUUGUGCAAAAAGGAACUACUUCAAUUAGAUUUUGAAAGUAUAUUAAAAUACUUUCGGGUGCAUUUGCCUAAACGUUGUCGAAACGAAGAAAUAUCGCGCUAUGUCAUGAAGUUAGCCUGUUCAGUUACCUUAAAGAAAUUAAAGAAGUAUGAAGCGGAAUUUAUGACAUUAAAAGCAUCUGCUUUUGCAAGAUAUCGCAUGUCGGCCAGUUACAUUAAAAUCAUUUCAUUUUCAAUGCUUCAUUGUUGAAGUCAUGAGCCAUAUUAUAAAAGCAUUGAUAGAGAAAGCGCAAGAAAAUGCGGAUGAGUAUAGCAAUGAAGUAGAACAACUACGCGGUACGGUAGCGAGAAACGAAGAAGAAAAACAAAGAUUAGAAGCCGAAUUGGCCCAAGUUAAGGAAAUGCUACAACGGGAAGUUGCAAGAGCAGAUGCAGAAAGCCGACGAAGCAAUAUUAUUAUUGCUGAAUACAAACAGGCUAAAGUUUCAAAAUGUGAUAAGUGUAAAAGUUGCAUAAUGGAUUCGUCCAAUAUAUUAGCAGACAUUGCACAUCCUUUAGAAAAUCGAAUAGAUCCCAUGUUGCACAGAGUCCAAGAGAGAGUACGAGAAUUAGAAUUAGAGUUAGCCCAAACAAAAUUGGCCCACGUUGAAGCUGAAUGCAGAAAUCAGGAUUUGACACAUCAGUUGCAUGCAACUGCUUCUGAACUUCAAGCAGCGAGAAACAGCUGGCCGUGGCUUAGUAAGACAUUAUCGAGUAUAAAAGAAGCGGCGAAUAAAAGAGAAGUAAUAGCUCCUUCGUUGAUGAAAGAUUUAAGACGAGAUAGCGCACCUGGAGGUGAAAUGCAUCAUUUGAUACAUUCCCGUAAUCGCGAGACUCGUGAUAAUCUGAAAGAAGUUGUUUACUUUAACCAGGCGAAGUGUCGGAAGAAUUCGUACAUUACGAGAGAAAGACCUAUUUCAAAAACAAAUUUGAAUACACAAUGUACGUCCAUAAUUACAUGUAGUAUUUUACUUGACAUGUUUAUAAUAUACACUCGGUUCCUCAUGAACGCUAUUAAUCGCGUGCUUUUAGCGAGGGCAGCUUUAUCCUACAAUUCUGAUAUUAAUAUUGAGAUAUUACUUGUCCAUAUUUGUUCAUUGUUUUUGUAUACUCAUUUUUACCUACAUUUGGUUUGUAUAUUAUUAAUUUUAUUUGAAGUUUGGCAUCUUAAUAAGAGAUUUCACGAAAUUGAGCGUUCUACAUUAA